GACGCGGUUGAACCUCCGGCCGGAGCGCAGCUUUGAUAUUUACUUUUUUUUUUAAACACUUCAUUCACUCGAAACGUCAGGAUACACUGGAACCAAAUAACACGCACGUUUCAUCUGUAAUUAACCCGGAUAACAGCGUUGUUCCCGGUUUAUCAAACUGACGCCUGCUUGUUUGGCUACAUCACUGGCUAAAGCGUGAAUCAUCCUUAGCUCAUAGCUAACGUUACAACCGGGAUGCCUCGCAUUAUGCUGGAGGCCUAAAACUGUGUUGUUGUUGUUUUUAAAAGUCGUUUCAAUUUCACACAGCAACAUCUCCGUCUCGUAAUGGAAGAAAUUCUCCGAAAGCUUCAAAAAGACGCCUCUGGGAACAAAUAUAAAGCGAUUCGUGAUGGUUGCGCUGUGGCGUGUGAAACCCUGGAGGCUCAAAAUGGAUCAGUUAAGACGUCAGCAUUUAAGGUCAGAGAGAGAUGUCUCUUCCCGUUAAAGCUCGCGCUCGAGUCCAAAAACCCAAAGCUGGCUCAGACAGCUCUCAUGGGAAUGCAGAAGAUCCUGUGUGAUGAUCGCUUUGUUGCUGUGGUGGAACCAGAUGUGCCAGAGAAGCACCUGUUAAGUCAGAUGCUGGAUGCCAUCAGCGUGACCCCUAUGCUUCAUGAAGAUCUACAGGUGGAGGUCAUGAAGGUCUUGCUUUGUGUCACGUACUCCUCCAGCUUUGAGUUCAACGGUAACAACAUCUUGAGGAUUGCUGAGGUUUGUAUCCAGACAUACAUAUCGAGUUGUCAUCAACGCAGCAUCAACACAGCAGUAAGGGCCACACUAAGUCAGAUACUGGGUGACCUUACCCUUCAACUACACCACAGACAGGACAGCACAGGUGCAGAUGAACGGGAGCGUACAGUGCCUACAAGCAAACGCAAAGACUUUUCUCCCACCACAGCAGCGCUGUAUGAGGACGUGGUGAUGGUCCUGACUGUAUUCUGUGAAAAACUGGAGUCUGUUUCAAGUGAGAACCAGCUGUUGCAGCUGCUGUAUCUGGAGUGCAUUUUAGCCAUGCUCAGCAGCUGUCCUCCCACAAUGCACCUGAACCGCAACUUCACAGAUCUCGUCUGGAAGCAGCUGUGUCCAGUUCUUGUGGUGAUCACGGGCAACCCUCUGAACGAUAAGACGAUCACCUCUGCUCACGGAGCUCCAUCACAGGAGGUGGAUGCUGCACUGGCAUCAGGGGUUAGUGAUCAGGGUCGGGGUUCUGGCUGUUCCUCCAGUGCCCCUGCCAUGAUUGGACCGGUGAUCCGCACCAUCUGCUACAUCGCAGCCGAACUCGUGCGGCUAGUGAGCUGUGUGGAGUCCAUGAAGCCUGUGCUGCAGUCUCUCUACCACCGCAUCCUGCUCUACCCGCCUCCACAGCACAGAUUGGAGGCCAUCAAGAUCAUGAAGGAGAUCCUCGGUAGCCCACAGCGCUUGUUUGACCUGGCUGGCCCAUGUGUGAUUGAGCCCGAGACCAGGAAGAGAUCCUUCUCAAAGAGGAAAUCACAUCUCGACCUUCUUAAGUUGGUGAUGGACGGCAUGACGGAAGCCUGUGUGAAGGGUGGCAUCGAGGCUUGCUAUUCUUCUGUUUCUUGUGCUUGUGCCCUACUGACUGCCCUCGACGAGCUCAGCCAGGGGCGUGGCCUGCAUAUAGACCAGGCGCAACUUUUGCUGCGUCGAUUGGACGACUUGAAAGAGGGGGCAGAGUUGUCAAGGGAAUCGGUGGAGCUCAACGAGGCCGACUUCCGUUGGCAGCGGCACGUGCUGUCCUCCGAAAAUGCCACCUGGGAGACUGCUAUUCCUGAACGCAGCCCUGACAUCAGCAUCAGCGUCACCGCCGACACAGGCCAGGUUACUCUGGAGGGGGAUCCGGGUCGAACCACACCCGAGGAGUGCGGAGACGAUGCGCGAUUACCUUCGCCUUCCUCCUGUGGCGGUGCUGCGGGGGAAAGUGGUGCCCCUCCAGAUGUGGUGCAGCGCAGCCAUACCAUGGCGUACCCAGACCUCACCAACUUCCUUUCAGUGGAGUCCCGCAUGCGCUCACACGGCUCACGAUACAGCGAGAGCAAUUUCAGCGUGGAUGAGCAAGAGCUCUCCCGCACAGAAUUCGACUCGUGUGAUCAGUACUCCACGGCUGCCGAGAAGGACUCGGGACGCUCUGAUGUUUCGGACGUCGGUUCAGACAACGGCUCGUUGGCUGACGAUGAGCAGACACUCCGCCAUGUCCCCGCCCAUCGUUCACUGCGCACUGCCGCGCUAUCGCUCAAGCUGCUGAAGAACCAGGAAGCGGACCAGCAGAGUGCCCGCCUCUUUGUUCAGUCUCUGGUGGCGUUGUUGCCACGCCUUUUGGCCCAGCACAGCCCUGCUGAUGUGGAUGUCGCGCUACAAAACUUCUCCUCAACCUUCUGCUCAGGCCUGCAAGUAGGUGGGAUUCACUCUCCUGGCUUCGAGGGCAGUGAGAAUCUGAACUGCCAGGCCCUGAUGAAUGCAGACGGAUUGUAUUUGGUGUCCUACUAUGCCUUGCUCCUCAACCUCAAACUGAGCACCUGUGGUUACUACCAAAGGAAACCCUCUCCUCCCAUUGUCACUCUGGUAGGAACAAUAUAUAAAGAGUUUGUGCAUCAGAUCCAGAGCAGUGGCGUUCUAGUUGUGCUCUCCCAGGCCUGGAUAGAGGAACUGUACCACCAAGUGUUAGAGAGGAACCUGCUAGGGGAGGCUGGAUACUGGGAGUCCCCUGAGGAGCACUCACUCCCUCUUAUCACCAUGCUCACAGAUAUUGAUGGACUUGGCAGCAGUGCUAUAGGAGGUCAGCUGAUCAGAAGAGCCUCCUCACAGUCGCCCUUUCCAAGUGAUAAGAAAGACAAUAACACUGUGUUGGCAGGUAUUGUGUUUGCGCGGUACAUCCUGAUUGGCUGCUGGAAGAACCUGAUUGACACUCUGUCCACUCCUCUGACUGGCCGCAUGGCGGGCAGCUCGCGGGCUCUGACAUUCAUCCUGGGUGCAGAAGGCGUUAAAGUGCAGAACCAGAGGGAGAGAGAAGCCAUCUGCCUCAGUCUUGAUGGUCUGCGGAAGGCUGCUGCUCUCAGCUGUGCUCUGGGUGUGGCUGCUAACUGUGCCUCAGCGGUAGCUCAGAUGGCAGCAGCUUCCUGUGUUCCAGAGGAAAGAGAGGAGAAGGAUCAGGCUGAAGCUGGAGAUGCUAUUACUCAAGUUAAGCAUAGAAUGGAGCAGAAACUGGAGCAGAUGGGUCGGGGUCAGGGAGUGAAGCUGCACACUGCUCACAUGCUCUGCAUGGACGCCAUUCUCAACGUGGGUCUAGAGAUGGGCAGCCAUAAUCAUGAUUGCUGGCCGCAUGUCUUCAGAGUGGUGGAGUACGUGAGCUCGCUGGAGCACAGCCACUUCAGUGAUGGGAGUUCUCAGCCUCCCGUGACCAUCACUCAGACUCAGCAGGCAUCAACGAUCAUGGGAACUCCAGAACUGAACGUGGAGUCUGUCCCUGAGCUGGAGCUGAACUUGAGCCACCCAGUCAUCCAACCCACUUCCAUCCAGGAGCUGUUGCGUGAAAACAGCCACACGAAAGGUUUUGAUCUGCGGGGCGGCAGUCUCCUGACAGGAACCAGCGCUGCUAAAGUUGUCUGCACACUGUCCACACAGGCAGAUAGACUGUUUGAAGAUGCCGUGAGUAAACUUAACCUGGUGGGUCUAGUGGGAUUCCUGCACCAGCUGAGGAAAGCCUCGCAAUCCCAGCUUUUCAACUCGGUCACAGAAACUGGGGACUACUCCUUAGCCAUGCCAGGUGAGGCGAAGUCAACACAAGACAAGCGCAGUGCUCUUCACCUCUUCAGGCUGGGCGAGGCCAUGCUUCAUAUCGUAAGGGACAAGAGCCGGCCACUUCUGCACAUGAUGAGAGCCUGGAGUGUGGUGGCUCCUCAUCUGGUGGAGGCUGCAUGUCAUAAAGAACGGCAUGUAUCCCAGAAGGCAGUAUCCUUCAUCCACGACGUUCUGUUGGAGGUGCUGAGCAGCUGGGCUGAGCUUCCUCACUUUCAUUUCAAUGAGGCGCUUUUCCGGCCCUUUGAGCACAUCAUGCAGCUGGAGCUCUGUGACGAGGAUGUACAGGACCAGGUGAUCACAUCCAUUGGGGAGCUGGUGGAGCUGUGCUCUCCUCAGAUCCAGUCAGGCUGGAGGCCGCUCUUCAGUGCUCUGCGCACUGUACAUGGAAGCAAGAAUGACAUGAAGGACUAUCUGAUUGGAGAAUACUCUAUGGGUAAAUCCCAUGCACCUGUUUUUGACGUCUUUGAGGCCUUUAUUAACACGGACAACAUUCAGGUUUUUGCCAAUGCAGCAACUGACUACAUCAUGUGCCUUAUGAAGUUUGUGAAGGGGUUAGGAGAGGUGGAUUAUAAGGAGAUAGGAGAUUGCGUUCAUGCGAAUGGAUACAGCUCUACAGACCUGUGCCUUCCUGCCCUGGAUUAUCUGAGGAAGUGCUCACAGCUGCUAGCCAAAAUCUACAAAAUGCCUUCGAAGCCAGUGUUCCUGGGUGCACGGCUUGCCAGUCUGCCCAUGAGAGCCCAGGAGCGCUCAGUUAGCAGCGAGGAUGGUAUGGACAGUGUUCUAGCCGAGUUCGAUGACGACACAGGUCUGAUCCAGGUGUGGAUCUUGCUGUUGGAGCAGCUCACUGCAGCCGUGUCUAAUUGCCCUCGUCAGCACCAGCCCCCCACACUAGAACUGUUGUUCGAGCUGCUCCGAGAAGUCACUAAAACACCAGGUAAGGGGCAACAGGAAACCACCGCUACAAGGCCAACUAACUUAAUGCUGUCUUCGCUGAAGAGCCAUCCACAUGUGUAUUGUUUUCUUGCAGGCCCAGGCUUUGCCAUUUUCUCAGUCAUCCAGCUCCUUCUUCCCGUCAUGUCACUGUGGCUCCAGCGAAGUCAUGGAGAUUAUUCCUACUGGGAUAUCGCAGCUGCAAACUUUAAGCACGCCAUCGGGCUUUCGUGCGAGCUGGUGGUGGAGCAUGUUCAAAGUUUUAUUCAUUCAGAUAUGGGCUACGAGAGUCUUAUUAACCUGAUGUUGAAGGACUUAUUCAAGCUGCUGGUGGCUUGUGUGGCUGAACCCGCAGAGACCAUCUCCAGAGUUGGCUGUUCCUGUAUCAGAUAUGUUCUGGUGACAGCAGGGCCUGUGUUUACGGAGGAGAUGUGGAGGCUGGCCUGCUGUGCCCUGCAAGAUGCCUUCUCCGCUACGCUAGAACCUGUCAAGAAUCUGCUUGCGUGUUUUCGGAGCGGUUCUGACACUUUCACAGGGGACGCGUGCGAGGUGAAAGUAGCCGCCCCGACACACUCUGCUUCUGCUGAGGCUGAGUACUGGAGGAUCCGUGCUAUGGCGCAGCAGGUCUUUAUGCUGGACACUCAGUGCUCUCCUAAGACUCCCAGCAGUAAGGAAGGAUUUGAGCAUGCUCAGUCAUGUGUGCUCAUCAUCGAACUUCCUGCAGACCAGCAGUCCAAUGGCCACGUUCAGAAGAGGAUUCCGUUCAGGACGAUUGUGGUGAGCCUGCUGUCCCACCAGGUGCUGCUGCAGAACCUCUAUGACAUCCUACUGGAGGAGUUCGUGAAGGGCUCCAGCAGCUCUGAGAGCCAGGAUCGCUUAACACCGGUCUCAGAUCCCAAAGCCUCUGGUUUUCUACGCUAUAUCUCCAUGCAAAAUCUGGCCAUUAUCUUGGACCUCCUGCUCGACUCGUACCGCACGGCGCGGGACUUUGACACACGUCCUGGCCUGAAAUACCUACUCAUGAAGGUGUCAGGGGUGUGCGGAGCCGCUAACCUGUACCGCCAAGCCGCAAUGAGCUUCAAUAUCUACUUUCAGGCUCUGCUGUGUGCCAUGCUGACCAACCAGGAGCAGAUCACUGUGGAGCAGGUGAAGAAGAUCCUCAGUGAGGAGGAGGAAGAGGAAGAAGAGGAAGGCAGCUCAGAUUCAUCACAAGGCUGCUCAUCUGAGGAUGAGGACAUGUUUGAGGAGACAGCCCGUGUGAGCCCACCACGCCGGUGGCGUACACGCCUGCCUGCUCUGAGCACCCAGCCUGCCAGUGGUGCAGACUGGGCGUGGCUGCUCAAACGCAUGCACAAGCUCUGCAUGGACCUCUGCACAAACUACAUUCAGAUGCACCUAGACUUGGAAAGCAUCACCGAGGAGCUACCUCCCAUCACCCGUCCUGACAGCAUGUUCUUUCUGCCCCUCUUCCCCUCUGAGAGCUCCACCCCGUCAACAGGCGGCCAUUCAGGACGUGGGACACCCUUGGAGGAAAACCCUCGCCUUCAUGUGCCCAGCACGCCCUCCUCAGAGGAGGAGGAGAGAAGGAGGAAGAAGGAGUGGUGGGAGAGCGCCAGCAACAAGCUUUACACCAUCGCCAGUGACAAGACCAUCGCCAAGCUGAUGAUGGAGUACAAGAAGCGCAAGCAACAGCAGCAGCAGCAGCAGCAGCAGCAACAGAACCCUGGCUCAUUGACAAAGAAGGCAGGAGAGAGGAUGACACCAGAGUCUCCUGGGCCACAGAGACCUCAACAGCUCCUCGAUCAGAGGACCAUGAGGCACUCUUUUAGCGCCGGACCAGAACUACUGCGUCAGGACAAGAGGCCACGCUCGGGUUCUACCGCCAGCUCACAUAACGUCUCCCUCAAAGACUCCGAGGCACAGAUACAAGCAUGGACCAACAUGGUCCUCACCAUCCUGAACCAAAUCCAGCUGUUGCCAGAUGCCACCUUCGUGGCCCUGCAGCCGGCCAUGUUCCCCUGCAUCAGUCAGCUGACGUGUCACGUGACUGACCUCCGUGUGCGGCAAGCGGUGCGAGAGUGGCUGGGACGCGUAGGGCGUGUUUAUGACAUUAUCCUGUGACGAGCUCGCUGCUUUGUCGUCAUCGUGAGCCAACUAAUUUUUUUUCUUUCUUGGGAUUUGCUAACCGGGAUACAAAGGGUUUCUUUUUGUAUGCAAAUGUAUUUAUCGUUGUAAUCCGUGGUCUCUGUAUUCUGUGAACAUGCAUAUCGAAAUGCUUUGCCGAACAAUUUCCUUCGGAAUGUUUACUGGUCAAACGGUAUUGACUAUUCCGAUUUGUAUUACUUUCGAUUUUUAUCCAAUUAUUUAUUGUGUCAGCUUUAAUAUUUAUUUCCACUGAAUAGGAAACAGUGUUUACUUUAUGCACUUUUAUUAGUAAUGUGAGUUUAGUGCCACUGAUACUGGCUUAUUUGCCACACACACACACAAAAAUCACAUGGCAUGGACUCAAAAUUAGGUCAUAUACCUUACAUGUUGCUGCCGUCGCAAAAAAAAAAAAAAAAAAAGUUAAGUGUUUGGUCUAAUGUUCAUUUCAUCUCAAAGUGUUAAGAGCUGCAAAGGAAGUGCCAGUUAGUUUUCUCAUGCCACAUUGGAUUGCUAGGGCAAUAUACAAAUUGUACAAAAAGUAAUGCAAGUUCGUUCAGUGCCGCAAUUCAAAAUUACAGACUUCUGUACCAUGUACUUACAUUAAUGCUCUUUGCGGAGCAUUCAAAUUGAUCUCUAAUACAUUUUCACUCACAUUAGAGGAUGGUCUGUUGAGCAAAAUCUCACUGACCAGCUGCCUAAUGCACAAUUACUCUCUCAAUGCUUACAUCACACAAAGAUUCAAAUUUAUCCUGGUUUACAGAGAAUUCAGAUUUGCCACACUGAUCAACCUGAUUGUUCUGUGAUAACGCCUCGAAGCAUCAAAUCUCCUACACUGACUGUUGAGUUUUUUGCUUGAGCAUCGUUAUUAUGAAACACUUCAUAUACACUUUGUUUUUCGAUGUAUAUUUAAACUGUCCAGUGAAGCAUAUUUAAUCCUUCAAAUAUGCUCUGCUAAAGGUUUUUUUUUUUUGCUUGAAAUGUCAGACUUUAAUGUAAGAUCAGUGGUCAAUAGCCCUGAAGCUUUAACUUUAAAAAUGCUGGUUCAUAUUAUCAUGCAUUCCCAAACCUUGCUCAUGUAUUAGUCUUUUAGUAAUUUGUGUAUAACAGUUUAUGUUCAUAUUAAUGAUUUGUUGUGCUCCUUAAUCCUCCUCAGUUCUUAAAUACUGCUUUCAAAGAAACCAAGACGGUAAUCUGGGAAAACUACAUAAAAGGAAUCGCAUGUUCUUUUCAGAUUAAAAGUAAAAUACGCUAUAUAUGGUCAAAGGUUUGUGGACACCUGAUCAUCAUGCCCAUAUGUGGUUCUGCCACAAACUUGGAAGUACACAAUUAUAUAUAGGAUGUCUUUCAAUGCUGGAGCAUUACAGUUUCCAUUCACUGGAACUAAGAGGCUCAUAUCUGUUCCAGCAUGAUGAUGCUCCUGUGCACAUAAAGACCAAGGUUGGCGUGGAAGAACUUGUAGUCCGCACAGAGCCCAGAGCCCUCAACCCCACUGAUCACGUUUGGGAUGAAUUUGAACGCCGACUAUGUGCCUGACCUCACUAAUGCUUUUGUGGCUGAAUGAACGCAAAAAUCCACACUAGUGGAAAAUCCUUCCUACAGUAGAAGAGUUGAGCAGAGGUUAUUUAUACCAGCAAAGUGGGGAAUAAAUCUGGAAUGGGAUGUUCAACAUGUACAUAUGGGUGUGAUGGUCAGGUGUCCAUAUACUUUUGGCCCUAUAAUGUAAAGAAUGACCACUUGCAAAAGAGCUAUUCUAAAGCAGAAUCAAUUGACCUUACAACAAACACCCACAUCCAGUACUUCAGUAAAAUGCUUUACCAAGAAAGUAAACCUAUAAUGAAUUUGAAUGUGAAGACGUCUAAUCACACAUUCCUUUAUAUGAAAAUGACCAAAGACUUGCACUGAUAUGACUUGAUUAGAAGUGUUUAAAGGUGGUUGUUUGCAGUAGGAGCUUUCCACUGUUUUAAAGGCAGAUAUGGCCUUAACAGUGGGAUGCGUCCGCUGUGGGAUGUUGAAUGUAUUCUUGAAGGACCUGCAUUUUCCCUUUUUCUUCAUAAGAAAAGUCACUUUUUCAGCACCACCAUUCAAAUACUGUUUGAUUUGAUGAUCGUAAUAAUGUGGUUACACCUUUUUAACGUAUUUAUUUUCUACAAGUGUUUCACGUCACUGCAGUUGACGUUAUAAAAUUAAUAGAAUCGGUUCAACAACCUGAUUGGUCAAGUUGCAUUUGAAGCUGAAUUAAUUAAAGUAUUAAGGCACCAGGUUUUAAAACAAUAAAGGCGUUACAUUACAGCCAUUGUUCUGUUGAUAGAAUACCCUAGUUUUUAUCUGUUACAUUGCUUAGCAACCAAAGUUUACUGAUAACAGACUACAUUGUGUUGUUUAUCGCUAAUUAAUUAAUAAUAAAUUCAAUUAUUUAUUGAACACCGGAUUUAAUCAUACUGUUUUUGUUAGUUUUAUAACAGAAUUAAAUUAAAUGGGACUAAGUCUUUAAAAUAAAGCAGUAAGUGAUGAGAGGGUGAGUUACAAUGAUUUUAUCACCUCGCUUUGCGACGUGCCUAAGGAACACCUUACCUCCCUGCAGAAAGAGGAAAAAAAACAAUAGAAACCAUCACAGAAAUUUGAAUGGUUUCCACUACAAAUACCAUUACAAACCAUCAGCUGUUAACCAAAUAAAACCAUUACCAAACGGUUUCCAUUAUGUAGUAGGGCAUAUUAAGGACCUAGGUCCUUAAUGGUAUCCACUAGACAUAACAUGCCACCAAUAGAAGGCAACAGAUUACCAGUAGAGACCCAGAUGGACCAUUACAGUUUCCAUUAAAACCAAUACAAUUCCCAUUAUAACCAUUAAAACUAUUACUAUUCAUCCUCUGAGGGUUUCUAUUGUUUUUUGUUCAGCAGGGUCACUUUAAAGUCACUUUAACACACGCCCUCUUGUGGCUUACUGCUUUAUUUAUAGUUUACUAUUACACUAAUAAACCGGGUCUCAGUGGCUCUGCAGUGCUUGUGUAACUAUAAUGCUGUGCGUAGUAUCCUCCUGGUUAUGAGGACUUUUGAUGAUUUGCUAAUGGCGCAAAUUUUUUUUUUCUUUUUUAAAUCACUAAACAGUGCUUUAUUUAUGAUUACUCAUUUUAUGUGACACAACAAUCAGACUACUGCAGUAUACUGUACGUGCACAUGCUAAAUAUACAUUUGCCAGAUGAUGAUUUAUGUUGUAUGUGUUGUGGAAUAAAAAAGUAAAUAUGUAA